GAUAGAAGUGUAGUUGUAUAAUAAUACUUAUGUGUAAAAGUUUUACUACAAUCGAAGACGAAACUAAAUAAAAAAUAUGAAUCAAUCAUUCUUAUAGAUUUAACUUAGUUGAAGACUAACUAGAAAAUAAUUCAGGAUUCAUGUGCGACUCGAAAGACUGUUCAACACUGACUAAUUUCUCAGCUUUACUUUUAUUCAUUUAUUCGUUGCGUCAAGAUUCCUUCGUUUAACGAUGUUCAAAAACAAUACUGGACACCGCCACGCAGUUCAACACUUUAUAACUGGAUGCGGCGCGCGGAACGAAGAUUAUUUAUUUCAACUUAACAAUUUUACUUGGUUUCCCGUGAAGCAUGUUUUCUGGCCAUCCACCAAAAAUAUGAUGCUUACUGGAACCUGAUUUCCGAACAACGAAAAAUGAGCAGUAAAUUGGAAUUAUCUCCGACAAGAAAAAAUAUGUGACUGCGAGAAAUGAAGAUGAAUGUGGAUUGCGAAACAGAAUAACCAAAGAAAAUUGCGACAAAAAAUUGCAAAUUGUAUGCUGCGAUCGAAACAUGGAUGUCGAAAUCCUGUCGCGAACGCAGGCCACAAUCAACGAGGAUACAUACUAGGGUGUAUUGUUAAAAAAAAUUCAGCAAGCGUUGUGUACCUAUUAUUGCCAAUUAUUACUAUACAGUAAAGAAAAUGCAAGAGAAACGUUGUCUACGCACAGUCUGUACAAAGUAAAGAUCAAAAUAAAGCACAUGUUUAUACAUUUUCACUUCGUACACACAAAUUCUUAAAACUUAGCAAACCGAUAUUUAUCUGCGUAAUACAUAGAGUUAUAUUUCCAUGCAUGUGAAAAGGAUGUGAAACCUGAAAUCGUUGAUGGUUGCUACACUCUCGGUGCUGAGAAACAUGAGAAGAAAUUUAUUUAGUUCGUUAUCAACGCUCGGCGUAGUUGAACCUUCCUGUUGAACGAUUGUGUGAAAAUAUUCGAAAUUGUUUUCUAAACCUAGCAAUGGCUGAUAACUUGCAGUUCAACAAUAACAACUCUGAACAACCUGAUGCAAGAUACAAGAUCACACCAGCCAAAACAGAUGUUGAGUCAGUCAUAGAGCAAUCUUUUAAUCCUUUCAAAGAACGAACAUUGGAACAUCCCACCACAGAUGGAGAAACGUUGACUCAUCUAUUGAAGGCUUCCCUCGGCACUGGAAUUUUGGCUAUGCCAAUUGCUUUCAGUUAUGCUGGUCUAGUCGGGGGAAUAAUUGCUACAAUCCUGACUGCUUUGAUAUGUACACACUGUGCGUAUGUUCUGGUCAAAUGUGCUCAUACUUUAUACCACAGAAAUAAAACUACUACCAUGACUUUUGCCGAAAUUGCUCAAGUUUCUUUAGAAAAUGGCCCCGAAUGGGGACGCAGAUGGAGUAAAUUUAUACCACAGUGUAUUACGUACGGCUUAUUUGUAACGUAUUUUGGAACCUGUGCCGUUUAUACUGUAAUUAUAGCAACAAAUUUCCAGCAAGUGAUUGAGCACUAUCUAGGAUCAGAAGUGAAUUUACGGCUAAUGAUCGCCUUACUUUUGUUGCCCUUAAUAUUAUUAUCAUGGAUUCCAAAUUUAAAAUAUUUAGCACCUGUUUCGAUGGUAGCUAAUGUUUUUAUGUGUGUAGGACUAGGAAUAACUUUCUAUUACUUAGUUACUGAUAUGCCGCCAUUGGCUGAAAGGCCACUGUUUGUUUCUCUCAUGAAUUGGCCUUCAUUCUUUGCUAUUGUGAUAUUUGCUAUGGAAGCUAUUGGAGUCGUGAUGCCUUUAGAAAAUCAAAUGAAAACGCCCCAAAACUUUAUUGGAAUAUGCGGUGUGCUGAAUCAAGGAAUGGGGGGCGUCACUUUAAUCUAUAUUCUGUUAGGAUUCCUCGGUUACGUUCGCUACGGAGAUCAAGCACUUGGAAGUAUCACUCUAAAUCUACCGGUUGAAGAACUUCCCGCACAAGCAGUUAAGAUUCUAAUCGCCCUUGCCGUUUACUGCACAUUUGGUUUGCAAUUUUACGUUUGUUUAGAUAUCGCUUGGAUUGGUAUUCGUAACAGAUUUAAAAAGAGACCAACGCUGGUGAAUUACACUAUGAGAACUAUUCUUGUUACCGCGGCUGUUCUGCUUGCUGUUGCUGUGCCUACAAUCGGACCAUUUAUUGGACUUAUAGGAGCAUUUUGUUUUUCGAUUUUGGGCCUCCUCAUACCAAUUCUUAUAGAGAUGGUAACUUAUUGGGACCAAGGAUUCGGACAGUUCAACUGGAUAAUUUGGAAAAAUGUACUCGUUUUCUUUUUCGGAAUCGUUGCCUUGAUAUUCGGGUCGAAAAGUUCUAUUGAAGAUAUUAUCAAACUGUAUGUUCAGUAGACUGAGUAGCAUUUAAACUGAGAAGGAUUAAAUUUUGUUUGCUGCAAUAUUUUUUUUACAAAAUAAAUAGAAGACACGAAAUGCAUCAGUAUUGAUGUAUUUUUUGCUUAAUUUAGUUCAGAAUUUAGAUAUCAUGUAUACAUAUACUUAGAUGAAUAAACAAAAUCUUAGCAAAAAAGGAACAUAUAGUCCCAUCAGCAAGUGCUUUAUGUGCAAAGUGUGCAGAAAUCAGAUUAAGUGCCUAAUUUUAUGUUACUAGGAAUCUGAAAUAAUUUGACCCAUUGGUAAAUUUAAAUAAUGACUCAAUGAUUUCGUCCUGAAAAUCUCAACCUAUUUUCCGUAAACGGUAAUGUUUGAUGUCAUCUACUAGGAUACCGUUUUACUCUAUUGAAAAAAUAGGUGAGAUGAAUAAUAAGUUCGAUCUAUGUAGCAGAAAUUAACCCUCGUUGAACCGCCUUAUCUUAUAAAAAACGGUUUUAGGAAAACUGACAAAAAUGACAGGUGUGUAAACUAAGGAAACUAACGGCAAAAAAAUAGAAGAUCAAACAUCAGAGUAACGUAUGUCGUAGUUUUAUGUACGAAAUUCUUUUUAUAAAAGAAAUCACGGAACUCGCCUUACACAACCGAAAAUUAACAUGCAGCAAUUUAAAAAAGUUACUACAAAUAGGUUAUAAUUUGAGAUAAUAUUCAACAAUCAAAUCUACUCUAUAACUGGCAAUUGCAUAACCGGCCUACGGAAAUAAUUUAAUCUUAGUUUAAAAAAUAUGAAAUGUAGUAAAUUAAUAAAUGUCCACCAAACACUUUAAAUGAUA